AUGAGGGAAAUUGUACACCUGCAGGCAGGCCAGUGUGGCAACCAAAUUGGAGCCAAGUUCUGGGAGGUGAUAAGUGACGAACAUGGCAUUGACCCCUCUGGGACGUACCAUGGGGACAACGACCUGCAACUUGAGCGAAUAAAUGUGUACUUUAACGAGGCAGCAGGUGGGAAGUAUGUUCCUCGUGCAGUGCUUUUUGACUUGGAGCCAGGGACGAUGGACUCUGUGAGGUCUGGUCCAUUUGGCCAGAUCUUUAGACCAGACAGUUUCGUCUUUGGGCAGACUGGAGCAGGUAACAACUGGGCUAGAGGUCACUACACAGAGGGAGCUGAGCUGGUGGACUCUGUCUUGGAUGUGGUGAGGAAGGAGUCAGAGAACUGCGACUGCCUCCAGGGCUUCCAGCUCACACACUCGCUGGGCGGAGGCACCGGCUCUGGCAUGGGCACAUUGCUCAUCAGCAAAAUCCGAGAGGAGUAUCCAGAUCGCAUCAUGAACACUUUCAGUGUGGUUCCUUCACCCAAGGUCUCAGACACAGUAGUGGAGCCUUACAAUGCCACCCUGUCUGUGCACCAACUGGUUGAGAACACAGAUGAGACCUUCUGCAUUGAUAAUGAGGCCCUGUAUGACAUCUGCUUCCGCACACUCAAGCUCACCACACCCUGCUACAGUGACCUCAAUCAUCUUGUCUCAAGCACCAUGAGUGGUGUGACCACCUGUCUGCGCUUCCCUGGACAGCUCAAUGCUGAUCUGAGGAAACUGGCCGUUAACAUGGUUCCCUUCCCCAGACUGCACUUUUUCAUGCCAGGCUUUGCCCCCCUGACCAGUCGGGGCAGCCAGCAGUACAGGGCAUUGACAGUGCCUGAACUCACUCAGCAGAUGUUCGAUGCCAAGAAUAUGAUGGCUGCUUGUGACCCACGUCAUGGGCGCUACCUCACAGUAGCAGCCAUCUUCAGAGGCCGUCUUUCCAUGAAGGAGGUGGACGAACAGAUGUUGAACGUGCAGAACAAGAACAGCAGCUACUUUGUGGAGUGGAUCCCCAACAACGUUAAGACGGCGGUCUGUGACAUCCCUCCCCGUGGCCUCAAAAUGUCUGCCACCUUCAUUGGCAACAGCACAGCCAUUCAAGAACUGUUCAGACGCAUCUCAGAGCAGUUCACCGCCAUGUUCCGCCGCAAGGCCUUCCUCCACUGGUACACAGGCGAGGGUAUGGAUGAGAUGGAGUUCACUGAGGCUGAGAGCAACAUGAACGACCUGAUUUCUGAGUACCAGCAGUACCAGGACGCCACUGCUGAGGAAGAGGAAGAAGAAGAAGAAGAAGAAGAAGAAGAAGAAGAUUGUGCCAAUCAUUAGUCUGUUAACAUGAAGAUGAAUUGUUGUUCACCUGCACCUUAUGACCGAGUGACAAAACUGUAACUCACUGAUGUUGUUGACUUGUCACCAUGUGACGGUUGUUGCUAGGAUACAGCAGAGAGAGGAUACAGCGCUUGUCCCUGUGGAUUUUAAUAGAACUUCCUGUAUGUAUUUUUUUAAAGGGAUGCUCAUGUUUUCAUCAGAAGCUUAAAUUCAAAUCUAUAUGGAGUAAAAAUCUGUCUUUAUUCCUUCA